GGUGUGUCUGUGAGAGCUGCCAGGAAGUUAAUCGAAACAAGUCAGAAGUGACCAGACUGUCCUAGUUAGCAAACGAGAUAUACACUGUAUCUAACCUUUACAGGUCAUCUGUUUUGACUUGUCUUUGUACUUCACAUAUCGUUCUUUAUAGUUUUAUUGACAUACAUGGUUUGUUUUCGUGAAAUCUCUUUUCGCCUCUCCCAGCCACUUUCAGCUAAUUUGUGCCAGGCUAGUUAGCUCGCUAGCUAGCUUGCUAGUUACGUUGAAGAGGGACGACGAGACGAGCCAAGAAGUUUAAGAUGACUGAGUAUAAGUUGGUGGUAGUGGGUGCUGGCGGCGUUGGCAAGAGUGCACUCACCAUUCAGCUGAUCCAGAAUCACUUCGUGGAUGAGUACGACCCGACGAUUGAGGACUCGUAUAGGAAGCAGGUGGUGAUCGAUGGGGAGACGUGUCUUCUGGACAUCUUGGACACGGCGGGUCAAGAGGAGUACAGCGCCAUGAGGGACCAAUACAUGAGGACAGGGGAGGGCUUCCUCUGCGUAUUCGCCAUCAACAACAGCAAGUCCUUUGCCGAUGUGCAUCUGUACAGAGAACAGAUCAAGCGGGUGAAGGACUCUGAUGAGGUGCCCAUGGUGCUUGUGGGUAAUAAAUGUGACCUGGCCAGGACUGUGGACACAAAGCAGGCACAGGAGCUCGCCAGGAGCUACGGCAUCGAGUUUGUCGAGACCUCAGCCAAGACCAGACAAGGCGUGGAGGAUGCCUUUUACACGCUGGUGCGAGAGAUCCGCCACUACCGCAUGAAGAAGAUCAACAGCAGGGAGGACCGCAAGCAGGGCUGUCUGGGACUCUCCUGUGCUGUCAUGUGAUCUGGACCAAGUCAAUCAUCUGACCUCUCGGCCAUGUAACAAGCAAGGGCACUGCACUGGGGCAGGUGGUCUGACCACGCACCUUUCCCUCUUUUGAUUUUUGGUUUAUUUUUGGUUUUGUGUUUUCAUUUUUUUUUUCCUGGAAAAAAAAAUGUGUGUGGAUGGCAAGUCGGUUCACCCAAACACAUGAGGACUGUUUCCUUUGAUGUAAAAACAAAUGGUGUCCUUGGUGAGGCCCCCUGCUGGUCUACCAUGGCCAGUGCAGCGUUCUGGUGGCCAGUGCCUUCUUCGCUCUACUUGGGAGAGGAGAUGGGAGGUCAGUGCACUGCUGACCAGUCAGUUUCCGCUCAGUGUCUCUUAUUGCAUGUGUGUUUGAGGGGAUUCAGCAUUCUCUCCUGGGAUUUUUUUAUUUUGUUUUAUUUUGUGUUGAAGCUCAGGAAAAAAAAACAAAAGAAAAAAAAACAUUUUGGAGUGUGUUGGCUGGUGUGUGUCACAGCGCAUGCAUGCCUGCCUGCAUACCUGAACCCACAGCUGCCAGUGAUCAUGUCUCAUCUACCUACGGUCUGAAAAGGUCUUUGCUCCUCUCUCACCCCUGGCAGUGGAAAGGAUCCUGUUAGACUUGACUCUUGAGUUGAUGAGAAUGCAUCUGCUGUUUGGUUCUGUUCAACAGAACUCUGCAGGCUUAACCUUUUUUAUUUUUGGGGACAUGGAUGAACUUCAGAAGAAACAUUUCAGUGAAUGCUGGCUACAACCCUUGUGUGCCUUUUUUCCUCUUUUUUGCCUUGUGCUGAGUGAGAUGUCUGUCCUUGUUUUUCACCCUGGUCUGCCUACAUUUCUCUCGGAUGGAUUUUUUUUAUCAUGUAGUACUAAACUGUUAAUGAAAAGCACUUUUGGUGGUUUGCAAAAUCAGAAGCAGGUUCAUGUCUCCGACCUGAUGUUUUGGAGGAAAGCGGAAGUCAUGAAAACCUUUAUUGAUUUGAUGUGCCUACUCAAGAGGGAUACUGGAAUCUUAACCUUCACAAAACAGUACCAUGUAGCUGUCAAAACAUUUCAAUGCAAUCAUGAACCUGUAUUGCGCAACAUGUAUGUUUUUUUUUUCUUAAUUUUACAGUGCUAAUAUUGUGCUGUGUUUCAGUUGCCAUCAACAGAGAUUGUUUCAAAUGACACUUCAAGGCAACACCAGAGCCCCAAAUGGAAUGACCAAAAAAUGUCAAACAUUUCUUAACCUAGUGCUGUAGCCUGUGUGACUUGUAUGUGUCUGACAGGACACACACACACACACACACACACACACACAUUAAUGUAAUGGUGCAGUUGCUAAUUGUCUCAAGAAUUUCUUUUCUCAAUCAUGACUUUCAUUUUAGUUUGCAAUUUUAUAAUGUUUUCCACACUGUGCAUUUAUGGAACUAUAUGAGUUGAAACAAGCCAGAAUGUUGCCAGAUUCUUUAGAAUUGGAGUUCUACACACAAUUGUAUGCAACAGAAUGUUGCCAAACUCUUAAGAAUUGGUAUUCUACUCACAGUUGUUGGCAACAGAAGCAUCUGGAAAUGUAGAGAUGCUUAAUGUGGGUUUGCCUGUGCCUUUUGCACUGGAUGAGAAAUGAUUGCAUCCUGUCAACUUGAUUUUAUAUGUAAAAAAAAUAUUAGGAUAUAAUGUGCCUUUUUGUUUUCAGUAAAUUAAUUCUGACUCAUCUUUGUUGUACUUUUGUCUUAUUUGCAGUGGCAUGAGUGUGAAACUAGCCAUGUAUCAGACAAAGGUAGAAAGUAGAGUUAUGUUUUGGAGUUCCAGAAAAUCAACUGUUUUUUUUAAUGUAUUAAGUCAACUUGCAUUUUGUACUACAACGUUUGUAGUGACAUUCUUCACAAUACAUGAAUCCAAGUGAGGGGGACUAGAAAAUGGACUACUAAACCACUUGCUUUGCAUAGUCACUACUGCCCAUUUCAAAAAGCAGAUGUAAGCUGAGUAGCAAUGGUAACUCUUAAUGUAAAAUGUUCUCGUAAAGAAGCAGUGUACAAGAUAAAAGAAAAAAAGUUGCCUAGGUCAGUUGUUUCUGUAUACACCCCUGCUGUGAUUCCUCUGUUAAGUCUCCAUGCUUUUGAGUAAUUCUCUUUUUUUGUAUGUCUUAACUCCCCACUUUUCCCUUGGCACAGUGCAUGUGAGAGGUGAGCCCUGAUGUGGUGUGCUGGUGUGAGGUGAUGGUGGUGGUGGUGGUGGUGAUGGUGAUGGCAGGCCUGGCCUUAAAAUAGUCACGGUCACAAGGAUCUCCUGGCCCUGCUGUGCUGUGCAGAGCCAUGGAGGCUGCCUGCUUGCCUGCCUACCAGCCACUAGUGGCCCCGUGUCUUGUUACAGCGGGCUGGGCCACGCGCUUCAUAUUGCACUGGAGAGAUGCCGCGCUCCACACUUCCCCGCUGUCUCGUCUCCGCGCCUGACCGGCAGCGCUUGUGUCCAGCCCAGUCCUCAGAAAGCCAUCGCGCUAGGGAACUGCCGCCAACAUGUCUCACUUGAUGGCAG